AACACAACUCCAUCUUUCAUUUCUUUCAUUUUCAACCCAAACUUUCAGAAAAAUGGCAACUACCCUCAACUCAAAGAGUGCAAGCUCCAACACGGCGGUUCACAUUGAGCCGAAUACCGGCAUCGCUUUUCCGGUAAGAUUGGACGAUGGCAAAAGCUUGAACAGUAUUGGCUUGAGGAAGAAAUCCAUACUUGGCAUGGGAAUUAAGGUGUUUGGUUUUGGGUUGUAUGCAGAUAAUGAGAAUUUGAAAAAUCUUUUGAAGUUAAAAAUAGGGAAAUCCCCAGCAAAACCAACAGAGGAGAUGUAUCAGCUGGCAAUCGAUGGUGAUAUAGGGUUGACACACAAAAUAGUAAUUGCCUAUUCUGGCCUGAAAAUGAAUAUGUUCAAAAAGGCCUUUAGUGAAGCACUGGGAGAAUCUAUAAUGAAACUCAAUGGUGGCCGAAAGAAUGAGGAGCUUGCAAACAAAGUUUUAGGUCCUGCAUCUGAUCAAAUCAAGUUAGCAACUGGUUCUGAAGUGGAGAUAUCUAAACUACCAGGAUAUGUUCUUGAAACAAAAGUGAAUGGAGAGCUUGCGAGCAGGGUUGAGAGUGAACUUCUUUGCAGAGCCUAUUUCGGAAUAUAUCUAGGAGAGAAUACGAUAGAGUGUUACAAGGAAUCGAAAGAGAUGUUCGGGCAGUCCAUGCUUUCUCUCUUCUAAGAGAUUGGAGAAACAGUUUCAAUCAAUAAGGUUCAAGUCUGCACUACUUAUUAGGAACAAAGCUACUUACUUAUUCAAUAAGAAUGGAAACAAUGAGAAUGUUUUUCUUCUUUCUGUCAUAGAUUCCAAGUGUGUUUUAUGUUUCACAUACUUAGUUUAAGCAUACAAUCCGAGGAGCUCAUUUCAUACAAACAAACAGCAGUUGGUACAUUACUGAAAAUACAAAAAGCAAAGCUUUUCUUUUGUCUUGAA